UUACUCUAAUAUACAUGAAUAUUUAUACGAAAAUUUUUAAACCAAUAAAGGCAAUAUGGGUCAAUUGGCCAAUUUCCUUAAAGACCUAACGAAAAAGGGAAUAAUUACGACUGAGAUUUACGAUUCAAUUAAGCCGACUGGAUCAUUUACACCACGAUUGUAUGGUUUGCCUAAAGUACAUAAAUCGGGUCUUCCUCUACGCCCAGUUCUAGAUAUGUACAAUUCUCCUUACCACAAAAUCGCAAAGUGGCUAGUACGAAUGUUAGAACCUUUACACAAAUCAGUUGUUAGAAAUAGUGUAAAAGAUGUCUUCAACUUCACCUCCAAAGUAGAAAAUAUUAAUGUCAGUAUGAAAAAUAUGAUCUCAUUGGAUGUAGAAUCUUUGUUCACCAACGUACCACUUUUAGAGACUAUUGAUUUUAUAUGUAAGCAAAUAUAAAAAAAAAACAAAUCAACAUUGGCUUGCCU